CUGAAGAUGCAUAGUUGAAGUUGGAAAAUCCAAAGCUGAGUCCAGAUUUGCUAUUAAGCGUUCUUUUGAGCCUAACAAUGAUACUGAGUCAGAAGAGGAAGACAAAGGCCAUGUUGUAGUCGGAAGUCACGUAUCUACAUCUGUUUCAGAGUCUGAUGCACAAAAUCAUGGCUCUUCAGAAUCCUUACAAAGUGCUCAGAAGUUUGAAAAUGUGGACCUGGAAAAGGCAGUUUUUCUUUCAUUGGAUUGGGAGAACGAAGGACCAUAUGAAGAAGCUGUUGAAAGAGGAUGGAAGUUAAUACUGGACCAGAUGAAGUGUCUGAACUCUAAAGACAUUCUGCUACUCAGAUGAUGCUGGUGAAAGUACACUUUCUGUUAAUGAGUUGAAUAAGAACCAUUCUAGUAUUAAUAGGUGAAGGAAAAUAUAUGGAUGCUCUUGCUUUAUCUGAUCGUUGUUUACGUGGUGGGGCUUCUGAUCGGUUGCUACAGUUGCUAGUUGAAAGAGGUGAAGAAAAUCAUUUAGCCACUGACUUGCCACAUGGUUAUGGUAUACAUAGCGUAUGGAGCAAUAGUUGGCAAUAUUGUUUUGAGAUUGAAAGAUAAGCAACUGGCCGCCAGACUUGCUCUCAAAUAUCUUCAUAGAUGGGAGCUUAAUGCUGCGAUGGAUGUUCUCACCAUGUGCAUUUGCCAUCUGCCGCAGGGUGAUCCUCUUAGGAGUGAGGCCAUCCUAGCACGACAAGCUUUGCAGAGAUAUAGUCACAUACUGUGUGCAGAUGACAGAUAUAACAGCUGGCAGGAGGUUGAAGCUGAUUGCAAGGAAGAUCCUGAAGGUCUUGCUUUGAGAUUGGCUGGCAAGGGUGCUGUUUCUGCAGCCUUAGAAGUAGUUGAAAGUGCCAAUUUAACUAUAGAUUUGUGGAGAGAGUUGCGGGGCAGGCAACUUGUUGAGCUGCUUACUGCUGAUCCUGUCAGUGGUGGCGGUCCGGUAGAGGCUUCAAGAUUCCUUUCAUCAUUCCAUGAAGCUAAUGAUGCUCUGCCAGUUGCUAUGGGUGCCAUGCAACAACUUCCUAACUUGCGGUCAAAGCAACUUCUUGUAUAUCUCCAUGUCUUUGUCUAUAAUUUCUUCCAUUGACAGAUGUGGGAGCUGAAAGAACUUAUUUGGCUGUUUCUUGAUAUUUUCUUAAGCCCACUAUUGUCCAUUUUUAAAGGUGCACUUUUUUCUUGAAGAGGCGUGAUGGAAAUAUGUCAGACGCUGA